ACCGGGCAAACGCGGACGCGGACACGAGCUCCGAGGCAGAAUGAACGCACCUGGCAGCGAUAUUCGCACUCGCUGAAGCCCGCGUACUGAAGCGCGCGGUCUCGGCGCAGUCCACUUCACGAGGGUCUCGUCUGACCGACGCGCGGCGAAGAGAGGCGCGCGCGCGCGCGCGCCGGCUCCUGCUUGGCAAGCGCAUAUAAAAUCCAACCUCCAGUACGGCUUCUGCUUCUCGUCUGCACGCGGGUGCAGCCAAUCUGCACGCGGGUGCUGCCAAUGUCCUUCAACUUCUGAGACACCGGAGGCACGUAAAAGGAGAUUCGCCCGUCGGCGAGGCAAAUGCAAGACCCGCGGGUAACAGGAACAAAAACUGGCAAGAGGACGUCCCUUCUGUCUACAUUGGAGAGGGUGUAUUCCUAUCCAGCGCGUAAACUCAAAAGGAUCUAUUGCAUACGUUGAUAAGAUUCACUUUAAAUUACUUGGAUACUGAUGUAGCAUACCUAUCUAAGGUUAAUAAAAUAUUUAGAAUAGAACAGGGCAGAAUUAUAAUAAUAAUUUUAUUAUUAUUAUUAGCGAAAUCGUAAAUCUUCAAGGUGGACUUCUGCCGAUUUACCAAGAAAAAAGGACUGAUAAAAGAAACAACGAACCAAACAAUAAAAAACAAUACAGAAACAUGAGACCCCUGGCUCAAACUUCAUCGGUAUCAAGACUAAUACAGCUGCUAUUCUAUCUCUGCGUCCACCAGACCUCUUGGGAACUGACAGAUGCCAUACAUCCGGACUGUGCCAUCAUUUCCCAGCACAUAAAGGCCCAGGAGCAGUGUCUCCAGAUCCGGAGAGAGGAGGCUCGCAACCGAACCGGGAGAAAAGGCUGUCGGACGGAGUGGGAUGAGAUCCGCUGCUGGUGGCGGGCGGAGGUGGGCCAGGUGGUCAACGUGUCCUGCGCCGAGGUGUCCCAGCUCUUCAGCAACAACCAAGGCUAUAUCAUUAGGAGCUGCACUAAGGACGGCUGGACGGACCUGUACCCCCCCUACGAGGAGGCCUGUGAAUUUGGGGAGGACGAUGAGACUGGGUCUGAGACGACGUACUACUCGACAUUCAAGCAGGUUUACACCGCGGGCUACGCCACCUCGCUCAUCUCCCUCAUAACGGCCAUCUUUGUGUUCACCGUGUUCAGGAAGUUCCACUGCACCAGAAAUUACAUCCACAUGAACCUGUUCGCCUCCUUCAUCCUGCGAGCCAGCUCGGUGUUCAUUAAAGACGGCGUGCUCUUCGCAGACGAGACGCUGGACCACUGCUUCAUAUCCAGCGUGGCCUGUAAGUCUGCAGUAGCCUUUUUCCAGUUCUGCAUCCUGGCCAAUUACUUCUGGCUGCUGGUGGAGGGCAUGUACCUGCAGACCCUGCUGGCGCUGACCUUCGUCUCUCAGAAGAAGUACUUCUGGUGGUACAUUCUGAUUGGCUGGGGUCUGCCGACAUCCGUGCUGACUGUGUGGGUGCUCACCAGGUACUUUUACGAUGACAGGGGCUGCUGGGAUGACACGGAAAACGAGUUCAUCUGGUGGAUCAUCAAGGGCCCCAUAACCGCCUCACUGCUGGUGAACUUCAUCAUCUUCAUCAACGUGAUCCGGAUCCUGGUACAGAAACUGAAAUCCCCGGGGGUGGGGGGCAACGACACCAGCCACUUCAUGAGGCUGGCCAAGUCCACGCUGUUCCUCAUCCCGCUGUUCGGCAUGCACUACACCGUCUUCGCCUUCCUGCCGGAGAACACCGGGGAGGCGGCGCGGCUCUACAUCGAGCUCGGCCUGGGGUCCUUCCAGGGCUUCGUGGUUGCGCUGCUGUACUGCUUCCUGAACGGAGAGGUGCAGGCGGAGAUGAAGAAGAGGCUGUGGAAGUGGCAGAUGCAGGGCUACCUGAGCGUCACCAAGCGCCGCCGAACCCUCUUCACUGAGAGCAGCACCGUCACACAGAUCUCCAUCCUGGAGAAGUCCAGCCCCAAGGAGCUGCCAUCGUCCGACUGCCAGCACAGUGUGUCUUCUGUCUGAGCCCUGCUUGUGUGUGUGUGUGUGU